UUUCCACUCUCGCGAUGUCGCCACUACGGUGGAACCAAUGUUCGCCAAACACGUGUUUCACUGGGACAAUAGUGAAUGGUGCACAUUUGCUUUGCCCAGCCACAUAUUUAGGAGUUGCUGGUGUAACAGUAGGAAUAAUAUAUAUUGACUCCUCUCUGGUGCAUGCGGCUAAUGAGAUGUCCAACAUCCCAUCUGUCUUUAUCACAGUGAGAGCAGACAUUGUACAAACAUCUUCUCAUUGAACAACAGGAGUGAGCUUCAGGAUGGUGAAGGAGGAGCCACAGCCCUUCCACAUUAAAGAGGAAGACGAGGCACCAGAGACCCCUCAAUUGAAAGAGGAAGAGGAGGAACACAGCAUCAGUCAGGAGGGAGAGCAGCUUGAAUGGUUGGAGGAGUUCCCAGUGACUGGUGUCCCUGUGAAGAGUGAAGAUGAUGAGGUCAAAGGUGAAAGUGAGGAGAAGAGAGAGGCGGAGCCUCCAAGCAGCAGCUCAACUCAACACAUGACAACAGAAGCUGAUGGAGACCACUGUGGAGGAUCACAAGCAGACAAGCUCUUAGCUCCACUAUCAGAUAGUGAGGACACAACGUCACACUCUCCUGACACUGAUGAUGAAGACUCUAAAGAUGAUAAGACAUGUCACACUGACAACACACACUUCACAUGUUCUCACUGCGACAAAACUUUUAAUGACCGUCGCAAUAUGAAAAGACACAUGAGAAUACACACCGGAGAAAAGCCAUUCGUGUGCUCAGUUUGCAGUAAAAGAUUCUCCCAGAAGGCAACUUUGAUAAGACACACAAGAAUACACACUGGAGAAAAACCUUUCUCAUGUUCAGUCUGUGGUAAAGGUUUUAUAGGAAGUGGUGAUUUAAAAGUGCACAUGAGAAUACACACUGGAGAAAAACCUUUUACCUGUUCAGUAUGCGGUAAAGGUUUUAUACAAAGUCACUAUUUGAAAAUACACAUUAGAAAACACACUGGGGAAAAGCCAUUUUCAUGUUCAGCCUGUGGUAAAGGUUUUAUACAAAGUGGUGAGUUGAAUGUACACAUGAGAAUACACACCGGAGAAAAAACAUUCAUGUGCUUAAUUUGUAGCAAAAGGUUCACCCAGAAGGCAAAUUUGAUAAGACACACAAGAACACACACUGGUGAAAAACCUUUUAUCUGUUCAGAAUGUCAUAAAGGUUUUACACAAAAACAGCAAUUGAAAAGACACGAGUACACACACACACAGGAGAAAGUGUUGAGUUGCAGUGUGUGUGUGAUGAAAGAUUGUCUUCUAAGUACCAGUGUAAGAAACACAAGUGUGCUGGUGAGAACAGCAGCAGCAGAUGAAGAUGCAGGAUUUGAAAUAAACUGUCAAAACUUUGUUAACUUUGACUUUCUAACAACAUCAGCACAUGUAACAUGUGUGACAUCAUUGUUGUGUGUGCAACACAAUUGUGUUAAUGAAGACCGAGAAGCAGAAUGGAUUGCACGCCUAAUUCCGCUCACUUAACGGACGUAAUCCACUUUGCGCAUGUUUUGUAGAUUAGCUUUGCGUGUGCAAUCAAUUUGGCACGUGUUUUAUAAUAACAAUGAAUUUGAUUUAUACCUGUGACGAGGUGGCAACUUGUCCAGGGCGUACCCCCGCCUUCCGCCCGAAUGCAACUGAGAUAGGCUCCAGCACCCUAUGCGACCCCCGACAGGGACAAGCGGUAGAAAAUGGAUGCAUUUAUAUAGCGCUUUUCAAUCAACUCGAUGCUCGACUCGCUCACAGAGAAGGGAGAACCCAUCGUUCAGUCCACAUUCACACUUGGCGGUGGUUAGUACACGCAAACCUUCAGUAAAUCAGGCCCUAUGUGUGUAUGGUACUACAGUGUGUAUAUACUGUAUGGUACUACAGUGUGUGUGUAUGGUACUACAGUGUGUGUAUAUGGUACUACAGUGUGUGUAUGGUACAACAGUGUGUGUAUGGUACUACAGUGUGUGUAUAUGGUACUACAGUGUGUGUAUAUGGUACUACAGUGUGUGUAUGGUACUACAGUGUGUGUAUAUGGUACUACAGUGUGUGUGUAUGGUACUACAGUGUGUGUAUAUGGUACUACA